ACAAGUCUUAUGUUUUAGGUAAUAUCUAAUCUUUAAAAUGUCUGCUAUUAUGUCCAAAGCCUCUUUGAUUUCUUUCGCUGCCAAGCAGGGAGUCAGAAAUUUGAGUAUUGCUGCCCCUGCCGCUCAGAAGGUGACUGAUCCCAUCCAGGGACUCUUCGUUGAGAAGAUCAGAGAAUACGCCACCAAGAAACAAGCUGCAGGUGGAAAGAUGGUUGAUGCAAACAAAGCUACCGAAGCCGAACUUCAGGCAGAGCUGGACAAAGUGGCCCGGGCCUAUGGAGGUGGAGCUGGAGUUGAUAUGACCUCCUUCCCUGAGUUCAAGUUCGCCGAGCCGGUCAUUGAACCCAUAAAUAUUUCUCAGUAGAUUUCAUGUUGAACACCUCCUGUAGUAGUCAUGUAGUAUCCCAGUAACCCAGGAUACUGUAGUAUCCCAGUAACCCAGGAUACUGUAGUAUCCCAGUAACCCAGGAUACUGUAGUAUCCUGUCAACCAGGAUACUGUAAAUAUUUUGAAUAUUCACAACUAGAUUUCUUUCUCAUUCCUGCAUGCUAUACUUCAUUCAUGUGAGAAAAAAUUUAAAUAUAGUCAGCUAAGAAUCGUUUUCAGAA